UUCUACUCCAUGGCUUCAUGGAAUGCGGGCAGCAGUGCGCUCAAAUCAUGCUCGCCCCCGCUGCCUCGAGCGAGAAUUCCCCCGGGCGUGAGAAUGCCAGCAGUCAUGGUGGCGGCUAUGGCGAUGAGGACUUGUCGCAAUUGUAAGAAGCAAUUCGAUCCUCUUGCCAACAGCUCAGGAGCUUGCCGAUUCCACACAGCACACUACGGUGGCGAGACCAAGAGGAAAUUCGAGAGCGUGUACAAGGGAGGCACCAUGAACACAUCGGGCGCUGGUGAGAUCUCUCACUACUGGCACUGCUGCGGCAGCCCAGACCCCUUCGAUGCUGGCUGCCAAUCCUCUCCCCAUCUCUCGUAUGACGAUUGAUCGAUCUCGAUCUCCAUCGAUCUAGACUCGCAUGAAUGGAACCGGCACUUGUCCUGGAUCGCCAGGAAUGCAUCCGUCAGCUCAAUUCGUGCAGGACUCUGGCCUCGGUGCGGCAAAUCCAUGCUCAGAUUCUCGAAUCCCAGAUCGCCACCGAUGAUACCUUCGUCUUCAACAAGCUCAUCGAGGUCUACGGCAAGUGUGGGGGUAUCAAGCAUGCCGAGGAGGUGUUCCAAAGCAUGGAUUAUUCGCGCGACUCCAUCUCCUGGGAUUUCAUGCUCACUGCCUACUCGAGGAACGGGAACCUGGAAGAGUCGAAGCAGCUCUUUGAUAGGAUGCCUCGUAAAGGAGUCAUUGCCUGGACUGUUAUGCUGAGAUCGUAUGCUCAAUCUGGGCUUAUCGAUCAGGCAAGAGAGAUGCUGGAUCGAAUGCCAGAGCAUGACGCCACAUCCUUUAACACGAUGAUUUCUGCAUAUGCCCAAAACGGGUAUUUUGAUGAAGCCGAGCUUUUGUUUAGUGAGAUGCCUGAACCGGAUCUUGUUUCGUGGAACACCAUUCUCUCCGCUUACACACAAAGCGGCCGAAUAGACCACACAAAGAUAGUGUUUUUCAAGAUUCCACUCAGGACGCUAGUUUCCUGGAACACUUUCUUGUCUGCAAAUACCCAAGCUGGUAAUAUCAAUGAAGUGUUGCUUGUGUUCCAGAUUAUGCCCGAGCACAAUUCAGUCUCCUACACUGCUCUCUUGUCAUCUCUUGCGCAAACCGGGCAUCUGAGUGAAGCAAAGAGAGUCUUUGAUUCAAUGCCCGAGCAGAGCUUCGUUUCCUUUACAGCAAUGCUUUCGGCAUACGCCCAAAAUGGGCAUCUUGAGGGUGCGAGGGAGCUCUUUGAUCGCAUGCCGGAGCACGACUCCGUCUCGUGGAACGCUAUGCUCUCUGCAUAUGCACAAAACGGAAGGAUGGUAGACUCCGAGAGGCUGUUUGGCAGUAUGGCUCACAAGGAUAUAGUGAUGUUGAAUGCAAUGUUGUGUGCGUAUGCUCAAAACGGGCAUACUGAUAAAACUCAAGAAAUCUUCAACGAGAUGCAUCACCAUAGCUUGGUCUCGUUGAAUGCAAUGCUUGUCGCCUAUGCUUCUGCUGGAAGAGUCAGUGAUGCAGUAGCGCUGUUCGAACAGAUGCCGGAGCGGAACGUCGGAUCUUGGAAUGCCAUGCUUGCUGCAUUUGGAUGUGGACGAAUAGAGGAAGCCAAGCAUCAGUUUGACACAAUGCCGGUGAGGAGCAUGGGGUCGUGGACGUCGAUGCUGGCUGCCUAUGCCCAAAACGGGCAUAUAAUGGAAACCAAGAAGAUGUUUGACGAGAUGCCUCAACACGAUCUAGCCGCCUGGAAUUCACUCCUCCUUGCCGCAGCCCAAGACGACGAUCGAGAGCUCCUCAGUCGGGUUUUCAUGGCAAUGCCCCAGCGCGAUACCAAAUCCUGGGACAUCUUCCUAGCAGCCCAUUGUAGAUCGAUCGAUCACGCCAACACGGCCUUGAAGAUCUUCGAAAGGAUGCCCGAGAGAGGUAGAGUUUCAUGGAGCACAGCGCUGACCGCGUGUGCCCACGCCAAGCUUGCGGCGGUCAACCUAUUCAACGCCAUGAAGACCGUGGAGUCUCCGUGCGAGAAAGAUUUCCUGAUCGCAUUGUUCAAUGCCCAAGAUCUAGACGCUGCCCGGCAAAUUUUCGUGUCGAUUGCUUUUGACUAUGGGCAAGAACCGACCACGCAACACUAUCUAGCCAUGGUCGAGAGAAAGUUUGACUAAAUAGGGUCAUUCUUUUCGAAUGGUUUGACCAGAAAAAAUGGGUCAAAGAAAGGAAAAAAAACAGACAAAAAGGGGCAAAAA